CUGGAGAGGAAACAGCCGGUCCAGCCCGGGAGGAGGAAGGAGCCUCCCCUUCCUCGCCAGCCCCCUCCCCACUUCCCGUCCGGCUCGGCCGUUAGCUUCCCCGGACGCGGGCCUCGGGUGCACAGAGCCCUCUGGCCGCAGAGGAGAUGGAGAAGGUGGAGGCGGAUCGGGAGGAGCCGGCGGGGCGCAUGCUGGGCGGGGCUCCCCAGGGCGCCCCGGCCGGUGGCGGCAGGGGCCACCGCGCAGGAAGCCAAGAUUGCUCACCACCUGCAGCGUCUUUUCGGAGGAGGCGGCUGGCACGGAGGCCGGGCUACAUGAGAAGCGCAGCUGGGCCCAGGAUCGGGUUCCUCUCCCCGCCAGUGGGCGCUCCGUUCCGGGCCCAGGGAGGGGCAUGUGGCGAGGAGUCUCACCACCCUGAGUCCAGGGCUGGCCCGUGUGGCCUUGACCCUGGAGGCCAGUGGCGAGGUCGCUCAGUUGGGAGCCUCAUUCCCAGGAGCACGGCCGCCUCGGCUCUGACCGUGGGGCACCGAGGAUCGGCUCUGAUGGCCGUGAGAGGAAGCCCAGGGCUCCUUGGGGCUCAGCCCCGAGCUGGCACUGCCCUGCCCAAUAGGCUCAGCAAGCUGAGUGGCCCCAGGGCCACUGGCUGUCGCGGGGAGCUGCCGUCCAUGGACACUCACGAGGCCCUGAGUCCUUGCCGGGAAGCCUGGAACAAAGGCUGUCCACCCCCGGAGGACAUGAGUGACACCAGCUGCAGCCUCGGAAGUGGCCCCCAGGCACCCUCCGUCCCUGCCAGCUCUCAGGACGUCUUUACCUCCAGCUUUAGUUUCAUUCGCCUCUCCUUGGGCUCUGCUGGGGAACGGGGAGAAGCAGAAGGCUGCCCACCCUCCAGAGAGGCUGAGGGCCCUCAUCAGAGCCUGGAGGAGAAGGAGGCCAAGGCUGCCAGCUCGGGUGGACCCCACGAUCACCCUCGGCUCCUCUCUCUCCCCUUCACUUUCAAGCCUUCUCAGGGCCUGGCAGAUGCUGCCCAGACCUUGGGGGGCAGCCCCAGUCUGGAGGGCCAGACUCUUCCGUUGUUGGACACAGAUGCUGCCUCCUCCUGCUCCCUGGAUCCCGUGUGGUUUGAAGCCAGCAGCUCUGCAGAUGCUCACCAGUGGGACCCGCUGCUCAGCAGAUGUGAGCCAGCGCUGCUGCACUGCCUGCAGGGCCAGCGGAGGCGUCUGGAGGUAAAAUCCUUAAGAUUAAAGCUUCAGAAACUUCAAGAUAAAGCGAUUGAAGAUGAUGAUUAUGAUAAGGCCGAGAUGAUCCAACAAAGAUUAGAAGCCCUGGAGAAGGAGAGAAGCAGCCUGCACUUUCAGCUUCCUUCUCAACAGCCCGCCCUCAGCGGCCUCCUGGGCCACCUGGGGGCCCAGGCCCAGGCUUCCCUGCGCUGGGCAGCUCAGCGAGCUGGCAGUGACGACCCCCAGGCCCGGCUGAGAAUGGAUCCAAAGACGUUGGAAGCCGCUGCUCAGGACAGUUUGCGAGUGUCCAUCACCAGGCGAGACUGGCUUCUCCGAGAAAAGCAGCAGCUACAGAAAGAAAUUGAGACCCUCCAAGCCAGGAUGUCUGUUCUGGAAGCAAAAGAUCAACAGCUGAGACGGGAAAUUGAGGAGCAGGAGCGGCUUCUCCCGUGGCAGGGCUGCGACCUUGUGGGAGGAUUGUCCCUGGGCGAGCUACAGGAGGUCACCAAGACCUUGCAGGACACCCUGGCCUUGGCCGAGCAGAUUCCCCUCCGUGCAGAGCCACCUGAAGCCAUCCAGAGCCUCCAGGAAAGGAUAAAGUCCCUCAGCUUGUCACUUAAAGAAAUCACUGCUAAGGUGUGUAUGAGUGAAAGACUCUGCAGUGCCCUGAGAAAGAAGGUUAACGAUAUUGAAACCCAACUGCCAGCACUGUUUGAAGCCAAAAUGCUUGCCAUCUCAGGAAACCAUUUCUGUACAGCCAAGGAGCUCACGGAGGAGAUCAGAUCAUUAACGCUGGAGAGGGAAGGGCUGGAGGGGCUUCUCCACAAGCUGUUGGUACUGAGUUCCAGGAACGUCCAAAAGCUGGGAAGUGUGAAAGAAGAUUACAGCAGACUCAGGCAAGAACUGGACCAGGGGAGAGCUGCCUAUGAAACCAGUGUGAAGGUCUAUACUAUGAAGUACAUGGAAAUGCUUGAGGAGAAGCUGCACAGCUGCAAGUGUCCGCUGCUUGGAAAAGUGUGGGAAGCUGACUUGGAAGCUUGUCGGUUGCUUAUCCAGAGCUUGCAGCUCCAGGAGGCCAGGGGCAGCCUGUUUGCAGAUGAGAGACAGAAGGAUGACUUAGGGGGAGGUACUUAUACAAUGGCUCUGGCCAGCCCCCCGAGGUCCCACCCUGAAGAGGAAAGGAAGACCCCUUUGCAAGCCUUUGAAGAGUGGACGGUGCACCUGACCCCCUCUCCUCACAGUGCUAGCAGUGAACAGAAAGAGGAAUCUUACAUCUUUUCGGCGGAACUUGGAGAAAAAUGUGAAACCAUAGGCAAGAAGCUACUGUACUUAGAAGAUCAGCUGCACAUGGCAAUCCAUAGUCAUGAUGAAGAUCUCAUUCAGUCUCUCAAGGGGGAGCUCCAGAUGGUGAAGGAAACUCUCCAGGCCAUGGCCCUGCAGCUCCAGCCAGCAAAGGAGGCGGGGGAGAGGGAGGCUGCAGCUUCCUGUGUGACAGCUGGCGUCCGGGAAGCACAGUCCUGAGGCCUGACAGGACGGAGGAUGGUCAUCUUGGAACUCCUGCUUGAGACUCAGAGAACUGGGCCUAGGGAAACCCUGGCUCCUCACACCCCGAGAUGAGCAUCACUGCACUCUGACCAUGAAGUCUAGGCUCGGACAGGCUUCCAGGACCCACCACCCACCGCUGACCUAAUCCACCAUUCGUUCCCCAUUCCCUGUAAAGUCAUGCCAGGAACAGCCACCUACUCUGCGACAAUAGGCAGAUUUUCUUGAAAACGUCCAUCUAAUCGGUGUUUUUCAGAAAACAUUAGAGAAAGCAGCUUUACACUCACUGUUUAAUGGCUUACAUUAAGAAAUAAUUUGAUACUCUAAUUCUGAAUACCCUCAUCUUAUCUAAUCUUUGAAUUUUGUCAUGUAAUCUAUUACUUCAUGAAAUUUACUUUUUAUGUGUUAAACUAAAAAUGUUGCCCAAGUCACUGGUGCACCUUUAACAUUUGUUUUUUAAUCUUCUGGAGUAUGGAGGAUAGAAAAAUGUAUCAGCUUUACUUGUCUCAUCUUUCUGUUAUGGGAUGAGUCAUGUAUUUACAUUGCACAAAAUGUUUCUAAUAAAGCAAUGCU